CUCCUUAGACCUUGUUGCUCUGUCUCUCUCUCCCCCCCGGCUGCAAAUACUUCUUUGGAAGCUGCAAAGUGAGAGAGACAUGCAAGGAGAGAGACAUGGGUUGGAUAGAUGAUGUAUGAAAAAUCUCUCUAUUUGGUUUUUCUUCAAUGGAAGUACAAGGAAAUAUCUGACUUAACCAGAUGAGCUUCGGUGAUACGGGUUGUGCGAGUGUUUCCUCGAGGAGUUCUGCUAUAGGAGAUCACAAUUCAGAAUUGGGGUUCGAGGGCUUUAGUUGAAUGCAUGAUAUUGCAGUUGGAUUACGGGAAUGAGAACUGGUGGAAAAUUUGAUUGAAGAAGCAACGACUUGGCUGCAAUGUUAAGAGCAUUAGCUUUUGGAUCGGUGAUUGCUUAUCUUGUUCUAUCUGUUGUUGCGAUCGAUAAUGACCUUACUAAUUGUAACUGUGACGAUGAGGGCUUUUGGGGCAUUCAGAGCAUUUUAGAAUGCCAGAAAGUGAGUGAUUUCUUGAUUGCAGUUGCAUAUUUUUCGAUCCCUGUUGAGCUCCUUUACUUUGUUAGCUGCUCGAACGUCCCUUUCAAAUGGGUACUUCUUCAGUUUAUCGCCUUUAUAGUCCUUUGUGGAUUGACUCAUUUGCUCAAUGGAUGGACUUAUUAUCGCCAACACUCAUUCCAGUUGAUGCUGUCCCUCACCAUUGCCAAAUUCCUCACAGCUUUGGUUUCAUGUGCAACUGCAAUUACUCUGUUGACUCUGAUCCCUCUUCUUCUCAAAGUCAAAGUGAGAGAGCUAUUCUUGAGGCAAAAUGUAUUGGAGUUAGAUCAAGAGGUUGGGAUGAUGAAGAAACAGACGGACGCAAGUUGGCAUGUACGAAUGCUGACCAGAAAAAUCCGAAAGUCGCUUGAUAAGCAUACCAUACUAUAUACCACACUGGUCGAGCUUUCCAAGACUUUGGAUUUGCAGAAUUGUGCGGUUUGGAUGCCAAAUGAGAGCAGAACAGAGAUGAACCUGACCCAUGAAUUGAAAACAAGUUCUUCAAAGAAUUACCACCGUUCUCUCCCAAUUAAUGACCCAGAUGUCUUAGAGAUAAGAGGGAGCAAGGGAGUGAGGAUUCUGAGGCCUGAGUCAGCACUAGGGGCUGCAAGCAGUGGUGGAUCUUCUGAGUCAGGUGCUGUGGCUGCAAUUCGGAUGCCAAUGCUUCGAGUUUCAAAUUUCAAAGGGGGGACACCAGAGCUGGUUGACACUUGCUAUGCUAUAUUGGUUUUGGUUUUUCCUGCUGCAAACUCUAGAGUUUGGAAUUAUCAUGAAAUGCAGAUAGUGGAUGUUGUUGCUGACCAGGUGGCUGUGGCUCUGUCUCAUGCUGCAGUUCUUGAAGAGUCUCAUCUAAUGAGAGAGCAGCUGGGUGAGAAAAAUCGGGCAUUACAACAAGCUAAGAAGAAUGCAAUGAUGGCAAGUCAGGCAAGAAACUCCUUUCAGAAGGUGAUGAGUCAUGGAAUGAGGAGGCCAAUGCAUUCAAUUUUAGGCCUGCUCUCAAUGUUUCCAGAGGAGAAUAUGAGCUUCGAACAGAGGAUUAUCGUUGACACAAUGAUGAAAAUUGGCCAUGUUCUCUCGACUUUGAUAAAUGACGUGAUGGAGAUUUCAACAAAGGAUAAUGGAAGGUUCCAAUUAGAGAUGCGGCCUUUUGGGCUACAUUCCAUGAUCAAGGAAGCUUCUUGUCUUGCCAAGUGCUUGUGUGUAUAUAAAGGCUUUAGUUUUGAUUUUAAUGUUCAGAUCUCUUUGCCUGAUCAGGUGAUAGGUGAUGAGAGAAGGGCCUUUCAAGUGAUUUUGCACAUGGUUGGGUAUCUAUUGAAUGUCUAUAAUGGACAGGGAACUGUCAUAUUUCGGGUUUCUCGGGAGAGUGGUAUUGAUGGGAAGGAUGAUAAACCAUUGGGAGUGUGGAGAUCAAGCAUGCCAGAUGAGCAUUACAUAAAGUUUGACAUUAGGAUAAGUGAGCAAAGCUCCCAGUCAGAUGGAUCAAUCUCAGGAGUAAAUCAUGCUAGUAGGAGGCACACCAGCAAUGAAGUUAAGGAGGGCCUGAGCUUCAGCAUCUGUAAAAAGCUCGUGCAGAUGAUGCAAGGUAACAUAUGGAUAUCUCCGAAUGUGAUGGGUGUUGCACAAAGUAUGACACUUGUCCUCAGGUUCCAUACCCGACCAUCGUUUGGAAGAGCUAUAUUUGCCCAGGGACGUUCCGCUGAGCCGGUGUCCAACUCACAGUUCAGAGGCCUUCGGGUUAUAAUAGCUGAUGAAGAUGGUGUAAAUAGGAUCGUUACCAAGAAGUUGCUUGAGAAGCUAGGUUGUCAAGUAACUUCUGUUUCAUCUGGGUUCGAAUGUCUGAGUGCUCUUAGCGCUGCAGAAAAAUCAUUCCGAGUUGUUCUUUUGGAUCUUCAUAUGCCUGAAAUGGAUGGUUUUGAAGUGGCACUAAGAAUACGGAAACUCCGCAGCCAGAAUUGGCCUUCAAUUAUAGCCUUAACGGCUAGUGCCGAGGAAGAUGUGAUGGAGAGAUGUAUACGGGUGGGAAUGAGUGGAGUGAUCCGGAAACCUAUUCUCUUGCAAGGAAUGGCAGAUGAGCUUCGAAGAGUCCUGUAACAGCCUGUGAUGGAUUGUGAAGAAGUCCUUGCUUUUGUUACUUACCAUUAGAGGGCUCCGAGAUCACGUCAUUGAGAUUCCGCUUAGAGAAGUUAAACUUAAUAUUUACUGAAUAUCAUACAAAAUGUAGUAGCUGCUAUUUCUUGCUAACCAAUUCCACGAUAGAGCUUUUACUUUUCUGGGAACUUGCACAGGUCCAUAUAUCUGAUAUUGGAAAGGAACUGUAGUAUGUCGUAUUCUAUAAUCAAAGGUGUAUCAAAUCUACUCUUCCUUUCAAGUCUGUUUCACCUUUAGCUUUUGAAGAACUCUCAUUCUAGCCAUUUUCUAUUUGAUUUCUAACUUAGUUGAAGGCA